AUGUCCACGGUGCCUACGUCUACCGUAUGGGAAAUAUCAGAUUCGGAUACGGAAGUUGAAGGUAUCGGCGAUUUAAUACUUGAUGAAGGGUCCAACAAUUUGGCUGCUAAAAACGUUUUAGUUCCACCACCAUCGUAUGAUUAUGAACUGCCAAGUCCACCGAAAAAACGCCGUUCCAAAGAGGAGAUCGAGGCGGAAAAGGAGAAAGUCAGGUUACGGAGGGAGGCUCGAGAGAAGAUCCGAGCUGUGAAGGAGCGAGAGAAGCUGGAGAAGAAGAAGGAGGUACAGAGAAGGAAAGAAGCUGCACAACAUCUCAACAAUCUCAAGCCUGAAAACUAUCUUAAAUGUUUGACUCUCUGCAUAGAUCCAGCUCUCCUUCAACAGAAAGGCUCUGACGUCCUGCUUGGCACAGUGUCUUCUUUUGAAUGGCAGUACAGCAUCCAAAAACAACCCCUUCCUAACAGCAUCACAUGGACCAGGGAUUUACCUCAGCUGUCUGAUGACGUGUCAGCAACAGAUGUAGAAGACCAGCUGGUGCAGGUCAUUGGACCUUCUGAAUUCUUAGACAUGGUAAUCUCUGUGAAAAAAAUGAUUGACAGUGAAGAGGAGGAACCAGGUUUGGAUUCUUCUCUCAAUCAGGAUUCUAUGAAGAAGCUCACUGUUUUAGUAACCGAGCACCAGUCACAUUGCAGGAAACAGGCUCAUGCGACAGGUGACUCAAUCCAAUCCAAAUAUGGUGGAAAGGAUCUGGAUGUUGAGGAGGUUCUCGUCUACCUGCAGCUGUACAAAAACACAUCUGUCGUCUUUCUUGAGGGCUGGCAAGAAGUUACAGAUCACGUGUGCGCCGUCACCAAGGCCUUGUCCAAACGCCCUUUUAAGCUGCUCACGGAGCAACCGGAGCUGCCAUUCUGCGUGGACGGCUCAUGGGCUAGCGGGGCGCGGGUGGAGAAGGAUGGCUCUGGCCUCAAGCAGGUGUGGACCAAGCAAAUCCAGCAGCUCAACAGAGUUAGUCAGGCUACCGCCUCCUGUGUGACAGCAGCCUAUCCGUCACCUCAACUGCUACUGCGGGCAUAUGAAGCCCUGAGUUCAGAGGAGGACAAAAAGAAGCUGUUGGCCAAUCUGGUGGUGAAAGGGGAAGGCAAAGACAGGCGUGUCGGACCAGAGAUUUCCACCAGAGUUUACCGCUGUCUCACCACUCAGAACCCUGAACUGGUUCUGGACUAA